AUGCCAGCUACCUUAAGCCAUAUCAAGGCAAACUUGGCGAAAUGGAAUGGCCUCGGGCACCGCGUGGGAAUCCAAGUCCUACACAAAUGGGAUACCGUGCCCAAAGGACAAACGGUCCUUGCAAGGCACAGCGGGAUGAGCGAGAAAACAUUGAAAGAAUUGGUGGAGCCAGUUGUGUGCGAUGUUGUUCCCAAAGAAUUAUUAUGCCUGACCUCGGCAUUCAACAAUGGCACAACCAGGGAGCUCAUCUCUGACGAGGUGGAAUUACUAGACAAGAUCUCUCCUCGUCCUAUGGAGGCCAUUUCCUUCUCCAGCUCUUUCAGUGCCAACCUUUUAUCCGUUGAGAAUAAAACACAGAAUCUCAUCAGCCCCGACGAGAUGGUGGCUGGGUACUUGGAAGAAAAGAAGACGAAGUCGCUCAUCAACAAAAUGACGAAUGCACGGUUUUGCCGCUUCCUGUUGGCAGCGGGCACAAUUGGAUAG